AUGUCUAAUGAUUGGAUAGAAGUUUUAGGGAACAGAAAGUUAAAACCGAGAAAAAACCAAAGGAAUCGCAAUAAAUAUUAUACAUAUACACACUUGCCAGAUAAAUCUAAAAUCUGCUUUAAUUUUGAGAAGAUAAAAGUACAUGUCCACAAUGUUUAUAAUAACUGCAAGCCUUUUUUAUCCCACCUCCUAAACUGCUUGAAAAAUAACAUACACUCCAAGAAUGUUUACAUUUACGCACUAGGGUGUGGAACCAUAGAAAACUCAUCAUUGGUCCUCUCCAAAUCUUGCAUUUUCCAAUGGGUUGUUUGCAGGAUUCUCCUAAACUUUUUGAACGUAAGGAAGGUUUUCAUUUUUGACCCUCAGAUGACUGAUAACGACUACCAAGUAUGGGAUUUGCUCCUGAAUCAUAAUUUUGAACUAGAAAAUCCAGAAUUUGCUCACCAAUACCAUGAUAAUAACAUGGUUAGCUGUGAAUUGACAUCAACAGACUGUUUUGAUCUUAAUGAUGAGAUGUCACACGUCAUCCUGUGGAUGCCGCACUGUGAGAAGUUUCUAUAUUCUGCAGUUUUAGACGGGAUUUUAUCCAACAAAUCGCCCCUAAAGGUGUCUAAAUCUUUAUCUAAAACAUAUAAAAAGGAUUUGGAAUCCAAGUGUCCAGACAAGUCCUUUGACUUUUCACAACUUUCUAAUGAUUCGUCCGACAACUCAUCUGAUUCUGAUGAUAGAUUAGUAGAUGAAGACUCAUCUAACUUUCUGGAAUCUUUCUGCUUGGAAAACACAACUUUGGUUGGAAACAGUUUGUCUGACUGUUCUUUUGAGGAUUUUCGAUACAAGGCUGAGUUCACUUCCUCUGAAACUCAACUUUUACCCUUCGAAACUCACCAUCAGUCAUUCAAUGACACUUUUGUAACAAUUUUUACAAGAAUUUCUUAA